GACACACCCUUGCGAUCGCCUCGUUCGUUACUAUUGUUUAGUCUUGAUUUUAGGACUGGUAUUGAUUUGACCUUUUUCUUUUUUACAUCUCUCUUUUGAUCCCUUUAUUUCGUCCUAUCUAGCUAAAUCCACGCCACCACACCCUCGUCUAACCCGCGCGAUCGAUCGGAAUUCCUCCAGCGCGGCCGCCGCCGUUUCACGGUCUCGAACCGCCUCCAUGGUAUCGCGAAAGCGCACCCGCUCCGAUGCGGACGCUGCCCCGGAGCAGCCAUCGGAGGAGCCAGGGUUGCUCGACCAACUGCGCAAUAGCUGGGAGUUUGCAAAUCUCAUGCAGUACAUUACCAUGUUUGGGAAACCUAUGAAAAUUGAUGAGGAUUUCGGGAUCGAGGAUUUAGAAACCGAAUGUCUUAAACCCGGUCCUUCGGAGAAACUUAUGGAGAUUGGACUUUGUCUGCUCAAAUGGGUUUCGUCGCAUCGGGGUCUCUCGUUUGACAAUUUCGACGAAUAUACGCGACGCCAGUACAACGCCAAAGCGCCCCAUGUCGAAAACCCCUUCGGGUACGACGAGGUUCCGAAAAAGUUCGCCGAGUUUGACAUCUUCCUGAAGCUUCGCGUUCUCCACCAGUUGACGGUAUGGACGUUCUGGAACCCCGACCGUAUUCGCGACAAGAUGCCGGAGCAGAGGGAGCAGGACCAGACGCAAUGGCGUAUUGAGGAAGUAGGAUACGAUCGAGACGGCGCCCUUUAUUACAUUCUGGAUGACAAUCGACUGUAUCGUCGCACCGAUCCCCCCAUCCCCGCUCCGAAACUCGCCAAACCGAAGACCAAGAGGAAGAGCGCGCGUGCUUUACGCGCAUCGAAGCGGAGAAGAGGAUCCGAAGCGGCUAUCGUCGAUGGUUCUUCCGAAGAGGAUAAUGAUAACGCCAGUGGCAAACCGCAAGAGGAUCCUUUCAAGGAGAUGCAGUGGGAAUGCGUCGCCAUCACACUCAACGACUAUCGGGAAUUCUUGGCGUCGAUUCAAAAGACCAGGGAUGCAGACGAGAAGAUACUGAGGGAUAGGAUUGAAGAACAAGUGAUGCCGGUCAUUGAAAAGGAAGAAGAAUCCCAGGAACGGCACAGGAUCAAGAAGGAAAAAGAGCUCAUCAAUCUGCAAAUGCUUGCCGGCGCGAAACGGUCCAGCCGUCUCGCCGGAAAGGCGGAGAAGGACCGUGCUGACAGGGAGGCGGUGGAAGAAGCGCGAAAGCACGAAGCAGAGCUGGCAAUGGCUCGCAAAGAAGAGGAGAAGAAAAAGAAGAUGGAACAGGAGAGGCGCGCCCGGAUGAUGACGCGCGAGCAGCGCAUCAAAGACCGAGAACGGAAACGCAUAGAACACGAAGAGGAACUGCAGAAGAUACAAGAUGAGCACGAAAAGUUCGAGCGUGGCGAGAGUCGAAUGUCUGAAAGGCACCUCAGGGCCGAAAUGGAGAGGCAGAGGAAGAAUCUCAAAGAUCUCUCUGGGGAGGAUGAGUGGAUAUUUGACUGCUCGAUAUGCGGUGUGCAUGGGGAGAACUUGGACGACGGGUCCCAUAGUGUCGCGUGCGAAAAGUGCAAUGUGUGGCAGCACAGCAAAUGCCUGGGGAUCGCGCAGGACGAAGCCGAGCGUGAGGACUUUCACUUCGUCUGCAAGGACUGUCACCGGCGCGAGGAGGAGGCGAAGAUGCCGAAACUACCCCCGUUGAAGUUCAAGCUUGGUUCCUCGCCCUCGUCAGCUGGGUUUGAAGAUCACCAGGCGAAGGGGCCGGACGCUCCACACUUCUUGGUGCCCAAGAUGGAAGCUCAUCACCAUAUGUCCCCGAACGGAUCGCCCUCCAAAAUGCCUGCACAGCCAUCCUUCCCCCCACAGACCGGGUCUCAGUCGAUGCCUUUCUCUCCGUCGUCACCCGAACGCCGCCCUCAUUCCGCCCACCACCUCCCCUUCAGCCCUUCUCGCGCCCCAUUCUCUCCAUCCAAGGGUGUGAACGGGUUCAGUCUAUCCAGAGCCCAUCAUCCGAAACCACCCUCCACCCACCAGGCAACACAACCACCUCCUGGCCGUGGGUCAUUCGGUUCGUUCCAAACGCAGCGGCCAUCAUCAUCCCACUCUGCACAGAGCCCGCAUCUCCCUUCGCCCAUCCAGAACCGACCCUCCAUGUCCCCCACACAAGGCAACCGCGACGUCGGCCCUCUCGCCGGAUUCCCCUCCGCAUCCCCAUCCGACAGCCCAGCACCAUGGACGACCCCAUACGGACAACACCAAGCCCGACGUCCAAGCACCAGCAACCACGCAUCAUUCUCCUCCAUGCAAGGCGGCCAGAUAUCCUUCGCGGCAACCCCCACAGCCAGUCGAUCCUCACCCCCGCAGAGCUCCCACGGCCACGGCGUCCAUCUCUCCGGAAUCAGCCCAACAAAACAGUCCCCUCGCCCGGUGACAUCCGGCGGCAUGGCCGGCGCACCCGUAUUACCUCCGAUCCAAAAACUGGAGCCGAGCCCGAAGCUCAUGGGACGCAGCUCGCCCGACGCGCCCAUUCCCCCACCGGUCAAAUCCAUGACUCCGGAACAAGAGGGACGCCGGCAGAGAGAGAACGCCAUGAUUUCUCACGGGGCCAACGCACCGCAAGGCAUGAUGUCGUCGCCGUCUCUCAAUCGCAUUCCGCCCCUGGGUUCGAACGCUCAGAAUACACCGUCUGCUCCGCGGUUUGAUUCAGGGAACGGCAGUAACAGGCAGUAGCUGCGUUGUUGCUCAAAGACAUGGCAUACGGAUGAUGUUCUAGCGUGGGGGAUCCCAAACUCGAACACCCAGAUGUGCCAACCUAAUCCCACCAUAAUCAAAAACAACCGACGUCCAGUUUAGUUUUCGAUAGUGGGGCACAAUAAACAUCAAAAACAGGAGCAGCGAGGACGAAUACAACGAAGCCGGAAAUAUCACCCCCGGCAAAUAGCAUCACCACGGAUUGUGUCCCGUCUGGGUAUCCACCAGAAAAACGACAUAUCAUAUCAAUCAGUUAAACCAAAUCAGACGCGCGACAUCUAGUUACGUGCAUGGAGUCGGGAACGGAUAGAUCUUAACGUCCUCCGUUUCAGCCGAUGCGAUGCAAUCUACUCGACCCCGAGCUCGUUCCAUAUCUCGUCUCGCGACUGCGCUCGCAAACAAGCUGUUCUCUACAAUCUACAACCUAUCUCUACAGUGUGGUUUAAACCAAUAAGCAUGGAUGGGUGGAUCUGUUCUCUUCUUUUCUUCUAUUUACUGUGUUCUCUAAGAUGUUUGCUCUGGUGCAAACUGGGCGGUUGGUUGGUAGGUAGAGGCGUUGCAGGGCGAGAUUAUAGAUUGGUUUGGCUUGGUUUGGUUUGUACUCUGGUUGAUA